UAUUCGAAUUGUUCGAGUUUGAUUCCGAGCCCUAAUACCUAACAGAGACAAGUACCAGUAUUUGUACAAGAGUACAAGUACUUGUCUCUGUACCUAAUCUGUGGUACCUAAUACAUACCCGUUUUGGUAAAUAGAAGUUUGUUUUGAUUAAUGUAACCUCAAACUGACUUGCGCAUGUCAUUUAAGCAAGGAGUCAGCUAGGAUAUAUGCGCUAGUUCUGCGGGAAUUUGACAAAUCUGCAAAUCAACUGUUUAGCAUCGGAAAAAGUUGCAAAAAGCGAUCAGGACAGCAGGUAGGAAUGUUGGGGUUUUAGCGCUUUUGUCAGUGUGCUUCAGUAAACACUGCGAGCGCUGCAAUGGAGUGGUUCGAGAUAAAAUCGCCCAAAAAAAUUCCAGCCAUGAUUGCUUCGCUGAGCUUAGACCAGAGGCUCAGACGGCUGAUCUACAUGAACUCGGUGAUGCCAGAGUUCCAUGUGGGGGACCCGGACAUAUACCAGGUUCACCUGUCCUCGCUGCGCCUGACCGUCCUGCAGGAGGCUCUGGACGACGACUUGAAGCAGCUGUUCCUCCUGAUAAAUAAGGCGAUGGCUAAGGGCGGCAUCCCCCGCCGCCCCAUAAUUUUCCAACUGUUGGCCCUGUUGAUGACCAACCCCGAAGCCACUGCGGACCAAAAGAACCGGAUAAUGGCCAAAGUGCUGGAGCUGAGUGACAACGACAAGGACUUUUUUGGCUUCAUUUGCUGUUACACACGCAGCAGGGCGGGCUGUAAGUUGCCUACCAGUGUGGCCAAAGGGGUCCGCAAGUUCUACGGAGCGAAGAACCCCGAAGAGCUGGCCAGGAGCAUUGCCGCGUCCGAGCGCAUAUGCGGUUGGUCACAUAAGGAUCUCAUCAAGCUGGCACACGUCAAGCCGAAUAGCCCCCUGAUGAGCGCGGUCUUUAACUACAUCCUGACCAGGAAGCUAGACGAAGACGCCACUGAGGCCCAGUUGGAAGUGCUGAGGAUUAUCAAGCAGGCGGAGCAGCUACGACGCUGCGUUGAUCCAGCCGAAGCUGCAAUACUGCUGAAAACUUCAGAGUUUAGCUUGGAGCAUUUGAUGCCGAGUUUGACAGGCAGCGAACAGGUCUGGAAUGCGGUUCUGCUCAAGCUUUCCACCCAGCAGAUUUUGGGACUUUUACUCAAGCUCCACAAGCUGAACUUUCUCACGCCCGCCUCGCUAAUCAGUUGCCUGGUCAUCCAGUUGCUAACCGAUCCGGAGAGAGUAGAAAAGAGCGGCGUGCACCCGCUAGAGGUGUUCAAGCAGCUGAGGCGUUUGGAAAAGGGUGGCAAGCCGGUGGACCCAAAGCUGCUCACUUACUUAAAAACGACCAAGAAGCUGUCGGAGGAGAAUCUGAGAAAGAUUCAGGAGACGCAACCUAUCGACUGUCCCCAUAUCGUUUCGGCCCUGUGGCGCUGCUUUGACUUGGCUUGCGCCAACGUGACCCCAUCGCACAAGCGGUAUCUGGUGGUGAUUGAAGUGCCGCCCGUCGGCGAGAAUCGGCUCUGCAUCGGCAGCAAAACAGUCACAUAUCUGGAGGCAGCGGUGGCGUUCGCUGCAGUCCUGCAGCGCGUCGAGCCGCAGGUUACUCUAGCAGUACAUCAGAAGGCGGACUCCCUGCAGCUCGUCCGUGUGAAGAAACCUUGUCCAGUUGAAGAACUGCUACGACAAGUCGCGGCCACUAACAGCGCUGGCGCCUCCUUACCGACCUGCUUCACUUGGGCGACGGCCCAUCGGGAGCGUGUGGAUGUUUUCGUGAACUUUGUCCAGAAGAGCCCGCGCCGAUCGGGCCACAGCCGUUCGCCCGCUCUUAGCGAAUCGAUGCUCAACUACCAGACGGCCAUGAAUCUGCCCAACACCAAGAUGAUUGUCUUCAUUCCUGUGGAAAGCCCGCUUGAAGGCUGGGACAAAACACCAACCAAGGUGCUGACCAUCAUGGGCUUCGACCACAUCGCCUGCAAAGUGGCCCAGUGCUUUGCCCGCGACGAUUUCUCCUAAUUCGAUCCGAUUUCGACGAAAAGCUGAGAUAUUGUGUCCAUCCACAAAGAAGGUGUUCAAAUACCAAGUGCACGUAUAUCGGUGCCACAGUGGUGUCUUAGAAUAAGUCUUCAAUUGUUAGCUCUUCAUAUGCGCUCUCUGCUUGCUAAAGCGUCUCUAUUUAUUAACAUGCCCCGUCCCAGCACCUCAGAAUCUUCUCAUUUGUGAUAAUUACUUGCACAGAGUAAGUUUAUUUCGUUUUCUCAUUCAUAUUGAUAUCGGACACGCUUUAAUUCUUGUUAUUAGAAUGAUUUGUAUUUUGGAAUAAUAUAUUUUCAUUAAAAAAAACACUCCAGUGGAGGCCUUUUGUUUAACCAGGGCGAUUGAUUUCAUUUGCAGAAAGUUUUGGUUAACUGGGUGUUGAGG